UCAACAAGGCUUAGCGCAGUGAUUUAUCGUGCCCCGGCGUUGUCGAUGUGCGUCGUUAAUUUUCGACCCUAUGUUGCGACCCUUCUUGCUGUCCGCUACUUCGUCUUUGGUCGAUAUUCUUGUCGGGAACUUCAUCGUGAAACCUGACUCAAGCAGAUCUGCUCACGGUAUCCAUGGGUGAACCUUCGAGCAUCAUUGAGAAUUUGGUGUUGGCCUGUGACGUUCCACCCGCAUCGUAAUUGGGCACUGUGAAACUCGCCUGGACAGGAUUCUGGUGAGUUGGAAGUUGGCCAAUCCCUUACUUGGCCUGAAGCCGUGAAGACGCAGCAGCCACACGUAUGUCACCUGUGUGACUGACAGCAGAGUUGAUGGCACGAGCUGACCGUUGUAACAGAACCGUAUGGCCCUGCUGACAGCCCACUGACUCAAGAAAUUCAAUUGACAAUGCAAAAGCCAGAAGAAACAUCUAACCUGAAGAAAACGCAACGAGUGUCAAGAGUGAUGACUAUCAUUCCCAGACCUUCACCCACAGAAAAACUCGGGGAAAGGAGUGCUCCACCAAUCUCAAAAGUGAACUCAAACUUUCCAAAAGGAAGGAUUGUGACCCCUGUUGCAGCUGCGCCAGACAGCGGUGGAGGUAGUGUCCUCGAGGCAUUAUCAAAGAGCUUUCCGCCAGUGGUUCCUGUAAAACUGUGGCGUAACCCAGCGCCAAUGAUUCGUGUGAAUAAGCCUAGCACAUUGCAACACCCACUGGGUCAGUUGGAGGUAAACUUAGGCAGGCCAUCCACACUGCUUGUGAAUAGCGAAAGUAGCAUGCACUCCACUGCUGGCAGGAAUGAUGACAGCACGAGCAGCUCAGAUGCUAGUGGUGAAUAUGUUCUGCCAGUUGUAAAUAAAAAAAAGGAGCAGCCGCCAGCGCCAAAGCGUUCGCCCCCCCCAAAAUUGACUGUAUUAUGGGAAUACAGAACGCACAGGCGAAAGAGGCAGUGCAAAAAACAAGACCCCCGUGUGGUAUCCCCAAGUGCCAAGUGCAAUGCAAGCAACAAAAAUGAUAAUGUAAAUGUGGCCAUGAUGUCGUCAACCUGCAUUGACAGACCAUGUGUUGUGAGCAUGUAUCACCUGAAUGACCAAGUGCUUGCGAACGGCUUUGUGAACCUGACCACUGUCAAGCACGAGGAUCUCUUUCUGUUGGCAUCCAGCCCGGUGGUGAGGUUAUCGUCAGACAAGCUGGUGGUCUCAAAGGUUGAACUGAAGCCCCGAGCGUCGGACACUUUGCAGCAGAGUGCAGAGGUGUCCAGCAUUACAGAUACAGACGAUUUGGAGCAGUUGCUUAAGGAACAGCGAAACGUACUGGUACAGCUGCGCAAGAAAUACAAGAAGCUAAGCCCUUAGCUGCCUUAGGUGUACCUUAAACAGACCAAAGUGUUUCUACAGGACAAUUAAGCUGCAUCAGAUUUUUAAAAAUUUCCCCCAUACGGCAGUGUCGUAGACGAGCGCCAGCCAAGCUCGGUGUCUUACAUGAGUGACUCGGUGAGUUUAUAUUUAUGUUGAAAAGUAUUCCUGCAUUUUAUGUCAUUUUAGUGCACUAUUAGCACUAGUUUGCAUUAUACGUAACUGCUGUGUGCAGUGGCACAUUCAAUUUCACUCCCAUCAUUGUUUAAUAAAGCGUUCUGUCAACUUGUGCGAGUCGUCACUGCUUUCAACAUAUUCUUAAUGUGUGUGCUCUUGUGAUACAUCCUGUACCAGUGGCAUAGCCAGAAAUUUAUUUCGGGGGAGGGGAGGUUCUAUGCGGACAACUACCACUGCUCUUCCUCCUUCA